UUUGCUUUCAUUUAGGCCAUAUAUUUUUCUUAAAUAGGUUAAAGUCAUAGAGAUUUUUUUUUGUUGUUUUUUAUUUAUUUUUUUUAGUUUUCGUGUGUGGGAAUAGCAUUUCGCCCUGGAGCGGUGCGCAAUGCUUUCUCACGCCGACCUCCUGGAUGCUCGCCUCGGUGAGUUAUCAUCACCAAACUCCGGUCUCCAACUCUACUGGAUGAAGGAUGCCGCGGCGGAGCUCCUGGGCCACAGGGAGGCUCUGAAGUGCAGACUCGGCGGCGGCGGACCUGACCCAGGACACUCCGGGGAGCUCGGACCCGGUCCGGACGGCGUGGAAGGAGCCACUAUGCUCCCCGGUGACGACAUCAGCGGCGGAACCGGAUCCAACCCGGUGCAGGUUAACAGCAAGGAGCAGGAGAAGCAGCAACAGCAGCAGCAACAGCAGAACAACAGCAGCGGGAACAACCCGAACCAGUCCGGAGGGCAACAGAGCCAGAAACAGAAGCGGCACCGGACCCGUUUCACCCCGGCGCAGCUCAACGAGCUGGAGCGCAGCUUCGCCAAAACGCACUAUCCGGACAUCUUCAUGCGGGAGGAGCUGGCUCUGCGGAUCGGUCUGACGGAGUCCAGAGUUCAGGUCUGGUUCCAGAACCGACGCGCCAAGUGGAAGAAGCGCAAGAAGACCACCAACGUGUUCAGAGCCCCGGGGACGCUCCUGCCCACGCACCACGGCCUUCCCCAGUUCCCCUCUGCAGCGGCCGCAGCGGCAGCUAUGGGCGACAGCCUCUGCUCCUUCCACGCUAACGACACCCGCUGGGCUACAGCGGGGAUGCCCGGCGUGUCUCAGCUCCAGCUACCGCCCGCCCUGGGCCGUCAGCAGGCCAUGGCGCAGUCUCUGUCCCAGUGCAGCCUCGGCGCGGGGCCUCCGCCCAACUCCAUGGGUCUGUCCAACAUGUCGUCCAACGGUUCCGGGCUGCAGUCGCACCUCUACCAACCCACGUUCCCCGGGAUGGUGCCCGCAUCCCUUUCCGGCCCGACCAACGUGACCGGCUCGCCUCAGCUGUGCAGCUCCCCGGACAGUGACGUCUGGAGAGGGACGAGCAUCGCGUCGCUGCGCCGCAAAGCGCUGGAGCACACAGUCUCCAUGAGCUUCACUUAGUGCCGGGGCUGCAGCGACAAGAGAUUUUUUUCUGCAUUUAGUUAACUUGCAUUCAGUCGGAAAAAAA